AUGAGGGAGGACGAUUUACUCGUGAAGCUUCGGCAGGUCAUACAAGAACCCCACGCAAGCAUCCAUCGCUUAAAUCUCUCACGAAUUGCCCUCUGCAUCCCUCCUCAAGUCCACCAGCCAUCCCUCUACGCUCUAGGAAUAUCGCGCUAUGCCGAAAUCUUCUAUGGAAUGGAAGAAGUGUGGGUCGCUGUCAUUGGUGAUCCAGCCGAUUGGAUCGAUCGCGCGACCGACGAUCGUAUCGCCGAUUCCUCUCCCUCCCCCUCUCCGUCUGACAGCGAUGGACGCCUAACAUCCUUACUCCGCCUCUUAUAUGUUCCGGAGCUCCUUCGAACGCGGGCCUUACAGGCCGAUCUUUCCUUUUUGGGGGCGAUGGACCCCAUCAACGCGCGAUUGAUUCAUAGUCAAAAUCCUGGGGCUGAGAUAAGGGGAUAUCUGAAUCUCGAGGUUCGCGAUAAGCCACACCUCCUUGUGGCUUGGAUAUGGAUUCUUUAUUCGGCUAUCUUGUACGGAGGCUAUGAGAUUCAAGCAAAGCUACUGAAAGCUGGUGCAAGUUUCUGGGAUCUUUCCGAGAAAGAAUUGAAGUUGAACCGGACACCUUGCCCUCUCUCAUUCUGGCAUAUCGAUGAUGCCGUCACGGUCAAGAAAAAAUUUCGCAAUCUGAUGGUUCAUGCCAAUCGGUUGUUGACGCGUUCGGAGCAACAAGACAUUAUUGACGAGUCGCUCCGCAUUUUUCAAGAACUCGAGGGAUUAACUUUGAGCCUUGACGAAGAGGCGAAAACAACACUGCGUUAA